UUUUUUUUUUUUGUUUUGUUUUAUUUUCCCUUUUUGUGCUGCUUAAAAGGCCAACAAAAUGCCCAUUCCCCCGACACUUCAUGGGAUGCCCGCAGAAGUUCAAAACUUCAUAGCAAUCGACAUUACAAGGUUGGUGUUUUGGGCUGUCAAGAUCCUUGCAGCCCUGUACUGAUACCUUAGAAAAUUAAGCCACCUUCCCAUUUACGAGUCGAAAGGAGAAGGAAACAAGAAAUCGGAGACCAUCUUUAAUCUUUUGGAGUCCCUCCAAUAGAGAACACAAUCUGUGUCAGGGAUGGUUUCCAAAGCAGCCGUCGUCUUGCUGAUGGGUCUUCUUGGGAUGGUUUAUCAGGCAACACAACUACCCCCUCCACAAAGUAAUGGGUCGGCAGAGGAUUCGCCUGUGACCUCAUCAAGAAUCAGGCUAAAAGAUGGAAGGUAUCUGGCUUACAAAGAAAGAGGUGUCCCCAAGGAAAAGGCAAGCUACAAAAUCAUUAUUGUGCACGGCCUUGGAAGCUCUAAAGAGAUGAAUUUUCUGGCACCCCAAGAACUAAUAGAUGACUUGGGCAUAUACUUUCUGCUAUUUGAUCGAGCGGGAUAUGGAGAAAGUGAUCCUGACCCAAAGCACACAGUAAAGAGUGAAGCAUUUGACAUUCAAGAACUUGCAGACCAACUGCAGCUAGGAUCCAAGUUCUAUGUGAUUGGAGUCUCAAUGGGAUCAUACUCCACAUGGAGUUGCCUCAAAUACAUACCAAACAGGCUAGCAGGUGUGGCCUUCAUAGUCCCUGUAGUGAAUUAUCGGUGGCCUUCUCUCCCUGAUAGUCUGAUAAGGGAGGACUACAGGAGGAAACUUGUGCAGUGGUCAAUCUGGUUUGCAAAUCAUGCUCCUGGAUUACUAUACUGGUGGGCGACUCAGAAAUGGCUGCCUUCAACAUCUGUCCUGGAAAGAAACCCAUUAUUCUUUAACGAUCGAGACAUAGAUACUUUGAAGACUAUAUCAGGGUUCCCAAUGCUCACCCAGGAUAAGUUACGAGAACGAAGCGUUUUUGACACUCUCCGUCGUGACUUUAUGCUGGCUUUUGGCAAAUGGGAAUUUGAUCCAAUGGGUAUAACCAAUCCAUACACAAAGAAUGAAAGCUCUGUGCACAUAUGGCAAGGCUAUGAAGAUAAGGUUGUGCCUGUUCAGCUUCAAAGAUUUGUUUCAGGGAAGCUUCCCUGGAUUCGAUAUCAUGAAGUUCCAGAUGGUGGACAUUUAAUUGUGCACUACAAUGGUGUUUGCGAGGCAAUUUUAAGGGCUCUUUUGCUUAGAGAAGAAGCAGUUUUAUAUAGACCUAGAAAAGCCAGAGUACUACCUUAAAGUUGUCACAACUUCUCAUCGUUCAAAUUGUUGAUUGUGUAGGUGAUUGAUUUUUUUGUUUUCUCAGAGAUUGAAACAUAUGUACAUUACAUUUGUUACUGGAAAACUUGAAUGGUAAUGAUUCUUGUUUCUAUAGCC